CUGGUUAGCUCCUCCUCUGCUGUUUACACUCAUAGUUGCUUUCCCUCUCUCACUCCCUCGAAGCUAACCGAAUUCACCGAAAAUGGAUUAAUCCUCCUCCAAAAUAUGUCCCCAGGCACAAUGACAAAACGAUGAGAUCUCUCAUGAAGAUGUUUCCACAAUCAGGGAAAUCGAUUAUCUUCGACACAUUUCCUGAUCCGACAGAUACCUGGGAGAUCAUCGAGACCAUCGGGAAAGGGACUUAUGGCAAAGUCUAUAAAGUACUCAACAAGAUCGAUGGCAGCAAAGCGGCUGUCAAGAUACUGGACCCCAUCCAUGAUAUCGAUGAGGAGAUUGAAGCAGAAUACAAUAUCCUCAAGGCUCUCUCUGACCACUCCAAUGUGGUUAAAUUCUUUGGGAUGUACUACCAGAAGGAUGUCAAAAACGGGGACCAGUUGUGGCUAGUUCUUGAGCUCUGCAAUGGAGGUUCGGUGACAGACCUGGCCAAAGGCAUGCUGAAGAGAGGGGACAGAAUGGAUGAGGCGAUCAUUGCCUAUAUCAUACACGAGGCCCUCACGGGUCUCCAUCACCUGCACAUCAACAAGACCAUCCACCGGGAUGUCAAAGGCAACAACAUCCUACUGACCACACAAGGAGGGGUGAAGCUGGUGGACUUUGGUGUUUCGGCCCAGUUGACGAACACUCGUCUCCGUAGGAACACCUCGGUGGGAACACCUUUCUGGAUGGCGCCGGAGGUUAUAGCGUGUGAGCAGCAGUUGGACUCCACGUAUGACGCUCGCUGUGACGUCUGGUCCCUGGGCAUUACUGCCAUAGAGCUGGGAGAUGGAGACCCGCCCCUCUCCGACCUCCAUCCAAUGAGAGCUCUCUUCAAAAUCCCCAGAAACCCUCCCCCUACCCUGUACCAGCCGGAGCUGUGGUCGGACCACUUUAACGACUUCAUCUGCAAAUGUCUGAUCAAGGACUUUGAGCUGAGGCCUAACGUUCUAGACCUGCUCCAGCAUGUGUUCAUCAGCCAGAUUGUAGGCCGAGAGAGGAUCCUGCAGAAACAGCUGAUGGAGCUCAUAGACCUCAACCAGCAGAUAGGAACCACUGGGAAGACAAGCCAUCAUGGAAAGACAGACAGAAGCACAGACAGUAACGACAGGCAUGAGCGCAUCCACACCAAGAAAGGUGGUCAAAUUAUGUCAUCAAGCCCCACCCCCGACGAAGUGGAUGACCUUGUCACCCUGGAAGUACUUGAUGAGAAUUCAGUCACAGAGCAGCUUCAGAGGCGCUAUGCCAAGGACCAGAUCUAUACCUACGUUGGAGACAUCCUCAUUGCAGUUAACCCAUUUCACAAGAUGGAGCUGUAUAGCCCACAGUACACAAAGAUGUACAUAGGAGCGAAACGCACCGCGAACCCGCCACACAUCUUUGCUGUCGCUGACAUAGCCUACCAGUCCAUGGUGUCAUACAACGCAGACCAGUGCAUUGUAAUCAGUGGAGAGAGUGGUGCAGGAAAGACAGAGAGCGCCCAUCUAUUGGUCGAGCAGCUCACGGUGCUUGGAAAGGCCAAUAAUCGAUCACUCCAAGAGAAGAUCCUAUUGGUCAAUAACUUGGUGGAGGCUUUUGGGAACGCAUGCACCGCCAUCAACGACAACUCCAGCCGUUUCGGGAAAUACCUGGAGAUGAAGUUUACCUGCGGGGGGACCGUUGUCGGAGCGCAAAUCUCAGAAUACCUCCUGGAGAAAUCCCGCGUCGUCCAUCAGGCCACAGGUGAGAAGAACUUCCACAUAUUCUACUACAUCUACGCUGGUUUAGCUGAGCGGAAGAAACUUGCCCACUACAAGCUAUCAGACAGCAAAACCCCGAAGUAUCUGUUCAACGAGCACAUUAAAUUGGGCCCUGACAUAGUGAACAACACCUUCUACAAGGAGCAGUUUGACUCGGUGGAACAGUGUUUCAAAGUCAUCGGCUUUACCCUGGAGGAGCUGGGCAGUGUGUACAGUACUCUGGCUGCUAUCCUGAACUCAGGCGACAUUGAGUUUACCUCUGUGGCCUCCGAGCACCAAACCGACAAAAGCAACAUCUCCAACAUAGCAGUUCUGGAGAAUGCGGCGUCGCUGCUGUGUAUCCGUCCAGACGAGCUCCAGGAGGCCCUGACGUCCCACUGCGUAGUGGCCCGGGGCGAGACCAUCGUCAGGCCCAACACGGUGGACAAGGCCACGGAGGUGAGGGAUGCCAUGGGCAAGGCCUUAUACGGCAGACUCUUCAGCUGGAUCGUCAACCGCAUCAACACCCUGCUCCGACCCGACACACACCUAGGAGAGGAUGACAAGGGCCUGAACAUUGGCAUCCUGGACAUCUUUGGCUUUGAGAACUUCAAGAGGAACUCGUUUGAGCAGCUCUGCAUCAACAUCGCCAACGAACAGAUCCAGUUCUACUUCAACCAACACAUAUUCGCCUGGGAGCAGGACGAGUACCUGAAUGAGGAUGUGGACGCCAGGGUGAUUGAGUAUGAGGACAACCGUCCUCUCCUGGACCUGUUUCUGCAGAAGCCCAUGGGCAUGCUGUCACUGCUGGACGAGGAGAGCCGUUUUCCCCAAGCCACCGACCAAACCCUUGUAGAAAAGUUUGAAGACAACCUGAAAUCCAAAAACUUUUGGAGACCAAAAAGGGUGGACCUUGGAUUUGGAAUUCAUCACUAUGCUGGAAAGGUGAUCUACAACGCUGCAGGCUUCCUCUCUAAGAACAGAGAUACACUACCGGCAGAUAUUGUUCUUCUACUGAGGUCGUCAGAAAAUCAGCUGAUUCGCAAACUGGUCACCCACCCGCUCACCAAAACAGGUAAUUUGGCCCACACAAAGGGUAAAGGAAUGAACACACUCAUGAGCAUGCCUCGCACCCCAGCACACCCUCACCGCACCAUGAACUUUGCCAAGAUGGGAGUGCUUAAGUUAUUCAGUUCUAGUAUGUCACUCUGUGAGGGCGAUACUGGAACUGGAGAGACCACCCACCAUCCGAGAGAGUCCACCAACAUGAGAACACAGACAGUAGCCUCCUACUUCAGAUAUUCCUUAAUGGACCUGUUAUCCAAGAUGGUGGCGGGACAGCCCCACUUUGUGCGCUGCAUCAAGCCCAACAAUGACCGGCAGGCCAGUAAGUUUGACCGGGAGAAGGUGCUGGUGCAGCUGCGUUACACAGGUGUCCUGGAGACAGCUAAGAUCCGCCGGCAGGGCUACUCUCACCGCAUCCUCUACACCAACUUUGUCAACAGGUACUACAUACUGGCUUUCCAUGCACACAAAGAGCCAGAUGCGAGCCCAGAGACUUGUGCAGCUAUAUUGGAAAAAGCCAAACUGGAAAAUUGGGUCCUGGGCAAAACGAAAGUGUUUCUGAAGUACUACCAUGUGGAGACCCUAAACCUGAUGGUGAGGCAGACCAUAGACCGCAUCGUUCUGGUCCAGGCCUACGUCCGGGGCUGGCUGGGGGCCAAACGUUACCGCAAAAUACUGGAGAAGAGAGCACAGAGCGCUGUGGCCAUACAAUCAGCGUACAGAGGACAUAAAGUACGGAGGAGAUGUGCUGAUGAUAAAUUAAGCAAAGCCAAGUUUGAGACCUUCAUCACCCAGUUACAGGCUGUUUUCCGAGGUCACCUCGCCAAGAGGAAGUACAAGGAGUUGGUGGAGGAAAAAAAUAAAGCAGCAGCCAAGAUUCAGGCCCAUUACAGGGGACACCGGGAGAGGAAGAGUUUUAAAAAGAAAAGGGAGGCCAUUGAGAAAGACAGGGUAGAGAAAGAGAGGAUCGAAGCUGCUAAACUGGAGGAGGAAGAGAUGGCCAAAUCCGCCGUGGUCCUCCAGAGUAAUUACAGAGGCUAUAAGGAGAGAAAGAAACUCAGGGAGCGCCACAAGACACUGUCCGGAGAUGAUUUGAGACUAAGGUCACCCUCACCUGUGGAGUUGGAGUCUGCUAUUGUCGAGGAGGAUGAAGAGGAGGAGCAGGAGUUUGCAGUGGAAAAGGAAGAGGAGAAUGGGUUGACCGAAGUUGCGGAGGAGGAGGAAGAGGAUGAAGACACGGCCAAGGCGGAAGAGGACGACGACGAUGAGCACACUGAAGUGGGUGAAGAGCUGGUGGACGAGGAAGACACAGAAAUUGACGAGCAACAGAAUGCAGAGCGAGCAGAAGGGGAGGAGGUUAACCCGGAACAGGAAGCUAAGGCAGCUACAGUUCUCCAGAGCAACUUCAGGGGCCACAAAGAGAGGAAGAGGCUGGUUGAAGAAGGCAAGAUCCCAGCAAGGAAACAGAGAGUUAUGAGCCCAACUGAAGACGAGACCGCAAAGGUAGAAGGUAUGUCAAAACCAGAAGGAAUGUCAAAGGUUCCAGAGACAGCAGCCGUGUCUGCAGGAGUGGAAGAGAAGGGGGAAGUAGAUGAGGCCAAGGCAGCAACGGUCAUCCAAAGUAACUUCCGUGGCCACAAGGAGCGCAAACGCCUGCAGGAGGAAGGAAAAAUCCCCAAGAAAAAGAAGGUGAAAGAGGCCAAAGAACAACCCAAACAAGAACUAGUUCAGCCACAGGAGCCAACGCUAGAACCCCAACCAGAGCCGUCCACCGCAAGCCAGUCGGAGCCAGACGAGGAAAAAGCUGCCACCGUUCUGCAGAGCAAUUUCAGAGGACACCGGGAUAGAAAGAAAUUCAAGGAGGAGAGAGAACGGGUCAAAAGGAGCAAGGAGGAACCCAUGGUUGAGGAACAGGAGGAAGGAUUGAAGGUUGAGGACAGGGUUGUGGACCUCACCGAUGUAGAGCUGGUUCGCAUAGAGGAGACAGAGUAUCAGGGAGGGGAUAGGUAUGACGAGGAGCAGGCAGCGGUGAAGAUCCAGAGCCAGUUCAGGGGCUACAAGGACAGGAAGAACCUGAAGGCCACCAAGGCCACAGCCCAGAGAGAUACGGAGGAGCUGGAGGUCUUUUCUAAAGAGGUCACAACGUCUUCCCAGAACUACAUGAGCCUCCAGCAGAAGCUGAACGAGAUCAUCCUGGCCCACCAGAUAAACCCAGCCAAUAACGGCAUGUUUGUCAAAGGGCAGGCAGUCAAUGGCUUUGCUGCCAACCAUCAGCAAUCAGUCGAUCUGAAAGUGUGUCGGACGCCUCGCAGAACCCAGCAGCCAAAGACGCUCAACACCCCUGAGGACUCUACGUACUACAACCUCAUCCAUAGGUCUGUCCAGGAUGACAAGCGCAGGCCAAGGAAACAAGGUCCUGGGAAGCUGCUGGAUGUAGAUGACCAGUACUACCAGGGCCUCCCCACCAGUAGGUCCACCGGUGCCAUAGCCGGAGACAGACGCACCUCUCUCACCAGACGAGCAUCUCUCGAGAGGAGGCAGUCUAUCGAACAGAAGCGCUCUAUAGAGAGGAGACAGUCUUCUGCGAGGAGACAGUCUUCUGACAGGAGGCAGUCAACAGCUGCAGACAGAAGUCCACAGACAAGAAGACAGUCUGCAGCCGCCGACAGGAGGCAGUCUACCGACCAAAGACAGACUGCAGCUGCAGACAGAAGUCCACAGACCAAAAGACAAACUCCAGACAGGAGACAAUCGAGAGAGAGGGCAGUCUCCGAGCCAGCAGAUAAAAGGCACUCCGUUUCCAGACUGCCCUCUACAGAGGGCCAGGACGACAACCCUUAUGACUACAGAAAGCUCCUGAGAAAGACCUCCCAGAGAAGAAGGCUCAUCAAACAGUACAGAGACUGAGCAGUGCCCUUCUCAACGGCCUACUCCAUUUAAAGCAAUUUGGCAUAAUACCUCCCUGUAUGUGACACCGCCAGAAGCAUGCCAUAACAUCUGUCAUAAUGCGACAUGAUAGUUCAUUACUGUUGUUGACUUUUGUUAACAUCUGACAAACCCUAUUUGAAUGUCUAAUGAGUUGCGUUCUAUGAUAGUUUAUAACAGCUGACACAGCACUAACAUUGGUUUUCAUAAAAUGUCAUGACAGCUGGUAUGUUUUGCUUAUGGCAUUGUUAGGACGGUGUUGCGUCAAGCCACUUCCCUGUAGUUACCAGGUUGAGUUUGGGGCCUAUACAUAGCAGAUGGCGUCACGAACGGGUUAACUUUGUCAGUCUGUAAAUACUUGCGUCAGGCUCUUCUAAGAAGCAGAUUUGUUGUAUCUACUUUAAACAAUGCUGGUAAGCUUCAUUCGCUGCUUAGUGUGAGCUGAUAAUGUGUUCUUUAUCCUUCAAAAUGUAUAUGAAAGGAAUUGAAUGUCAAAAGAGAUAGAGAAUAGAAAUGGAGUGGUAUGUGGUGCAGGCCAUGAAGGCUCUACCUCUAGGAUCUGUUUCAGUGUAUUGUGAUCGAUUUAAAACAGGUUUACUACUAUUGAUGUCCAUGAAUAUAAAGUUGGAAGGAAAAUGUGGUCCUAUGUCAUUUAUGGUGAUGCACAGUGGGUUAUCAAACAAGGGUUCGUGGUGAUCAUUGGCUGUAGGCAGCUUACGUUCCUGAAAUUCACUGCAUUGGCACUACCACUGUUUAUUAGUGUAUGGGUUUGUGAUGUACAGUAUGUUGAUAUGAAUGCUUCUUUGCUGCUUGAAUGGUCAAUAUUAUCAACUCAAACAUCAUUUUAUUACUGUUGUGAAGUGUAAAUAUACAAAGCAAUACAGAUACAUGUAAAAGGUCAACGCUAAUUUGAAUACAUAAAUUGACCUGUAGACUGUAGUGUUUGUCGUACCAUCAGACCAAAUGUAAUGUCAUAUUGGUUUUUAACGCAAUAACUGCACCAUUUGAGGUUGCAAUGUGUGUUAUUACAGUUGAUUACCAACCUCGCUUAGUACUUUAUCUUGUUUAACUUUAAUUAAGUGGCUGUCUACAUAUUUGGGUCUUUUAAAAUACAUCAUUUAUAAUUGAUCAAAUAGUGUGUGCAUAUGUCAUUGCUCUCCUUGGUGUGACAUACAGAAACCUCUGAAGGGCAGAUAGGCUGCUGUACUUCCUGAUAAACUAUCAGUCCCUUUCUGCAUUUCCUGUCCAUAUUUUUUUCGUCUUUAAGAGUAACUGUCCAUCUGUCUGCCAAGCCCCAUCCUUCGGCUUACCUUCCAUGUGGCUCUAACCGUUUAUUAAUUAAGAGAGCCCUUGGGGAUGUUGACAGUUUGCCCUGACAUGGACAUUUUUGGGGAAAGUUGUGAAAAGUAGUGCACCUUACCUGGGAUCUGGUGUUAGGAGGGGGUUUGAAUGUCGACCCCAAUGUAAGUGUUCUGAUACACAGAAAGGGUUUUAAAACAGAUUAGAAGUACUUUGAAACACCCAAAGUGGUUCUUUUAAUCUGAAUAUUGGUUUUGUGAAAACAGUUUUGGGGUUUUUAGUGCAUGUAAAAGGCAGCAUAAAAAAAUACACAAUCAAAAUAGUUAAGAAAUGCAAAUUAUUUAUAGCCUAAAUAUUGAUUGAUGAGGAGGACCUGUGGAGAAUAUUGUUUGUGGAAUCUACCUUUUUUCAAUGCUUUAUUUAGACUGGAAACAGGAGAAGAUAGAGAAUGAGUGAAUGUGGGACAGGCAGAAGUAAAAAUUGAACCCUCGAAGAAUUCUGGGGCAGUAAGAUGGUACAUUUCAUUUGAAUUUUAAUUUAAAAUUUAAAUUUUUAAUUUUGAAGUUUUACAAACUCAACCACCCCACCACAAAAAGAUUCUAGGGUGAAUUGAAAUGUAUAAUAAAAAAACUAAAAACAUACAGUAUACUUACUAAAAAUGAUUGCAAGUCAUUUCAAUGAUUUGUUCAUUUAAUUUUACCCAACAAUUUAAGAAUAAAUCCAACUUAACAUGUGGCUUAAAAGUUCAUAUAUUUUAUGAGGAGAUCCAAAGCAUGAGAAAUUUGAGAUAUUGAACUAAUUGGUUUGAAUCCUAUCGUGCCACGUGGCUCUGUUUUUAGAGGAUUAUGGGUAAUUCAAAAGUGUUUAGAAUGUGUUCUUAUUUUACACAAUGGUGUAUGAAUGUUUGAAGAAAGAAAAGUACAUGUAAAGUAUAGUUUAGUAUUAAGCAGCUUGAUGCACCAUAAGGUGUAAUGGAUCAUGAUGAACGGAUAACCAAAAUGGCAUUUUUCAUGUUCAAUGAUGAGAAAACCCAUUCCCACAUUUCUAACUUUUGAUGGAAGAGGAAAUUGCAAAACAUGUUGCAAAACCUGGAGUUACUGUUGUCAAAAUGGGUUAAACAGGCAAAUGAACAGACACAUUAAUGAAUGCUAAACAAUAAAAUACUCUGAUCUAGACAGGAUUUGAAAUACCAUAAUAGUGUUUAGAAACUAUAGAGGGAGGAAACGGCACCAAAAGAGGAGUUAUCUAAUUCUGCACUCAACAGAAUACGGAAUACCAAUAUAGUUUUUUCAACCUUUUUUUGGUAGGGCUCCCAGUCCUUGGCAAGGUGUUGUGCAACACUUUAUUAAGUGGUGUUACAACACACCAUGCAGUGGUGAUUUCAGCAUGUAAAUCUUGGUGGGGAAAACAUCAACAAAAGACAUGUCAUGGGGAUGCAUGACAGGGAAGCCACUACACAACACAACACGAUACUAAACAAUACAUGAAUUGCACUAUAACGGUGGCAAACUGUGCCCACAAAUGGUUACAUAAAGCUGUCCCAACAGCAGUUUUCUUUUCAGAACCAUGAAAUGAAUCCUUACCACUGCUACACCUGGCUAUCAGAGAAGACUUGUCUGGCACCGAAACAGUUCAUUCAGCCUUAUUUACUGCUUUUAUAUUAAAAAAAAUGAUAUGGCUGACUUGCUUCAACAAAUGUGGUUUCUACUGGCAAUUGAGAUGUACAUACUAUGGCAUAAGGGAACGAUAAGCGGAAAAGAGGCAAUCCGUAAAUUUGAUUGAGACAUUAAUGAGCGAGCUCAGACGAACGUAGACAAUAUAACUAUUUGUUAAGCACUUUUGAAAUGUACAGUGACAAAAUUCAGAACAUGGGUCGAUCUUACAGUAUUCUCCCUGUUACACCAAGUCAGAACCGUAGGAAAAAUAAAGGGGGGCAUAUAAGCAGACAAUGAAAGCUCUUACAAUAUUCAAUGAUUACAUUUCUCAAAUACAGGCUAAAGGCUACAUGUGCACCACCAAGUCAGAACAGUAAGCUAACUUAUGAGUGGGGAAGGGACCCAAUUAUUAGGGUGAGACACAUGGGCUACUAACAGCUUACUACAUAAUAUACACUUAGUAUUACUUUCUUAGCUACAGUAUACAUAUCUCCCUGGCAGAUUACAUCAUUUAUGCAGCAGCAUACAAGACAUUUUUGGACUCAUCUUGUUGUGCGGUGCUCACUUGAACAGGAAGGUGGUGUGGGGGUCCUUCUUGUGGGCAAAUUUUGUCAUCAUUUUUUAAAAUCAAAGUCUCGCAUUCUCUGGAUUUAUAGUGCUUUUAAGGCAACUGGGAACUGUGAAAAAUACCAGGUGGAAUCAUGGCGCCAGUGAUCUUCAGGUCGGAGCUCUAGAUAGUGGCAUGUGUUCCCGGUUUGGAAUUCCAAGUUGGAUGACCAUUCAAAAAGUAUUUUCCCAGUCUGAGCUUGUUUUUUCGAAGUUCCCAGUUGUCUUGAACUCACUGAAAUCGGAGAUUUCCCAGUUCAGAGUUUCCAGUUGUUGUGAACGCGGCAGAAGUCAUGCUGGAUUGACAGCAUGACCAAUGUAUUCAACCUUUUCUGGCCCAUGGUGUUGAAUGUUUAUCUUUUUAAGCUUGGAAAAGAGACCCUUAAACCCAGACUUGGACCACACACCCACUCCACUGAAUAGCAGGCUAGUGAUUGCUUUGCAACGCUUGAAGUUAGCCACUGAUUCCUUCCAAGCCACUCAUUGGUGAAUUUGCGAUUUCCAACUUGUUGUGUAAUGUUUAUGUCCAAUGGCCGAUGAGCACAAUACAUUUUAUAUGACAAGGACUGAAAAGGAUUUGCCAGUAGAUUGUCAACUUGAUUCAUGAUGAUGACUGCUUGUCUAGCUGGCUAGCUAAGAUUUUGAAAGUAUGAUGUUGACAUGAUCAGUCCAUUCAAAGCUUCGAUACAUAUACCGUGAACCGAUGUAAUUUUAUCUGUGGCCAAUGACCUUGAGCCUUCUUGGAUGGGUACUUCUACUGUAAAUCUAUGGCAGCACCUACGGGGCUUGAACUUUCUAGCUCUCCCUGUAGAUUUUGCAGAGACGAAGUGUCCCCAUGAGUGACAGAACACUGAACUAAUCAUGGCACAGCUAGAGAGCAUUACCAACCCCUAUGUUUUGUAUGUUCCGCUGGCUGCCCCACCACCACAGAAAGCACUGAGCUAGGCUGAAACACCUACAUUUUGUAGCUGCCUUAGAAAGCAAAAAAGGAGACCAUGUUUGUAUGCGGCUUUAUUAAUUACAUUGAAUUGAUUUUUUUUUUUUGCUAAACAGGUGGGGCUCAAAACAAGUGGGGCAGUCCUGGAUGGGGUCGCCACUGACACCAUGUAUUGCUUCAACACUUCUCAGGCUGAUGUGUUUCAAUACUCCAGAAACUUUAAGGUUUUAUCUCCUUCGUGUUGGUGGCAGCUCAGUUGCCACUCGUUUUGGUGUUACAAAGCACUUCAUUUUAACAGUAUAGAUUGUAUUGCCUUAAUGUAGAUUGAGAAUGGCUUUCAACAUUACUGUUGUGUUCAGGUAUGCCUACAUUCACUGUGAAUUGUUUUGACUUUACACACUCUACUUCCCAUAUGCUCAGGUUGAAUAAUGUGGAAAUCAUUUGAACGCUGUUUCAUAAAUUGUCCAAAUAUAUGACCACUUACGUAAAUGCAAACCACGGAGCUGGCGUGUUAUUCAACUUUCCUACGUAUUUCCCUUAUGUUAACUUAGCAUUUUUUGUUGUUGAGUGAAUCCGUAACCUUUAAGUGUGACAUUUAAAGCAGAAAAACCCACAGGGUUUGUUACUGAUUCACUUGUGAUGUGUUCUCAGUGGUCACACAGCAGCACAACUGAUUGAUGAUAGCAUCCAGCAGAAUGUAGUCUGCCCCAAAACAAAAUACAUCCCUAUUUCCCCAGAUGACCUCAUAGUUAUGUUUCUUCUUUUUGUAGGCCUGUGCAUAGCCGCAGGAAGUAGGGAUGCUGAAAAAAUAUUAAUACAAUAUAUAUAUAUAUAUUAUUAUUAUUAUUAUUAUUGUUACGGUAUUAUUUUUUUUACAAAAGUAGUGCACUGGGGCUUUACUAGUCCUGUAUUAGCAGACCGAUAUAGCCAUCUGGGAUCUGGAUGCAUGGCUUUUGGACAGCACUGACUGUCACGUUCUGUCCAUCGUUCGUAUGUGUUUUCCUUGUUUUAGUGUUGGUCAGGACGUGAGCUGGGUGGGCAUUCUAUGUUGUGUGUCUGGUUUGUCUAUUUCUAUGUUUGGCCUGAUAUGGUUCUCAAUCAGAGGCAGGUGUUAGUCAUUGUCUCUGAUUGGGAACCAUAUUUAGGUAGCCUGUUUUGUGUUGGGUUUUGUGGGUGAUUGUUCCUGUCUCUGUGUUUUGCACCAGAUAGGGCUGUUUUUGGUUUUCCACGUUCAUUGUUUUGUAGUGUUCAUGUUUAUCCGUUUUUGAUUAAACAUGAGUCAAUAUAACCACGCUGCGUUUUGGUCCUCCUCUACUUCACCACAGGAAAACCUUGACACUGACAGUCAUGGCUUGAAGGGCUACAUAUUUUGUCAAGUUAAAACGUCAGAUUUGACUUCUCAUAGCAAGUUAGGAGAACUUAUGCAGCAGAAUUAACGUAGCAGGUUAGGGGAAUUAAGUUUUAAGUUUAGGAAAAGGGUUAGGGUUAGCUGAAAUUCAAAACAUUUCCAGCCCUUCUAGCCAUGACCGACGUAGA